AUUUGUCAAACAGUUGUCACAUUUGGAUCCAAUUGAAAGCAAACAAACAAAUCAAAGCAAAUGAAUGAAGAAGUAUUGGCACAGAGGGAGAGCGCCGGCGGACGUAUUGGACACAUGUGUGCCUUUGAUGGCCAGACUUGUCUUAUGUAUGUCUUCGGAGGAUAUAUGGGAUAUACUGACGAAAUGCAGACAAACUAUUUGUCGUCAGAAGAGCUUUGGGUUUACGACACACUCAUUGAAAAAUGGUCUAUGAGGAGGUGUACCGGAGAGACAUCAGCGGCCGAUAUACCGACCGGCACUUCGGGCGCCUGUUGUCUACUAAAUGGUUGUUAUAUUUAUAUGUUUGGCGGUUAUAAUGAAGAGGGAAACUCUAACCAACUCUACAGACUUAAUAUGAGAACAUUGAAAUGGAAACUAUUGAACCCAUCGGGCAAUAGACCGCUUGCCUGUGAUAAGAGUGUUUGUUGGCAUUACAACCAAAGAAUUUAUAUAUUCGGUGGUUAUGGCUGUAUCCCAGACACUGAUGACUAUAAUUAUCAGUUUGUUUUCGACCCGAAAUCUCAUUGGCAUUACAAGAGAGGAUGGAAUAAUCAAUUGGUUUAUUACGACAUUGAAGGCGACCAAUGGGUUUGGCCUCACGUUGAAGGCAUAGCACCCUUACCUCGUGCUGCACACGCCGCAGCAAUAGUCUCACAUCAAGUCUUCAUUUUUGGCGGAAGACAUCAAGGAUUGCGAAUGAAUGACAUCUACUCUAUUGAUAUGAGACAAAUGUCUUGGAAUGAAGUCAUGGCUUAUGACACAAAUGAAUCCAUUGUACCGAUCGGCAGAUCGUGGCAUUCAUUCACUCCUUUAUCUGACCAACAAAUAGUAUUAUACGGAGGAUUCAGUCAAGAUAAUAGACCUCUCAGUGAUUGUUGGAUAUUAGAUAUCCAGUCCAUGACAUGGAUCAGUAUAAACUUACCAUUCAAUAAGCCUCGUCUCUGGCAUUCGGCCAUUGCAUCGCCGUUUGGGGAAAUCAUAUUGUUUGGUGGCGCCCAACAGAAUAUUCUCAAUUUCAAUAAUCUGCAGAAUACCAAAGAUCUCUAUUCGGGGGAAAUAAUAACACUUCGAUUCGUCCCAAAGUCACUGUUGAGACUGUGUUUGGACGCAUCGGUUCUCAAUUCGCAGUCAUUGCAAAAGCAAUGGAAAUAUUUGCCAAAACAUAUCAAAAGGCUUUUGGAUUUGAGAAAGCAAACACUUUUGACAAACUCAGCCGGAUCUUAAUUACUCUCAAACUAAAUUUUCUACUGAUUUACUUUUGUUUAUUAUUUGCUUGUUUGCUAAACAAUAUAAAGUAAUUGUCAGAACUGUCCGAUGUAUUGGAAUUAAAAAGGAAGUAGGUC